AUGGGUCCCACUCGUCAUGUUGAUACUAACAUCGAACAAAAGGUUGACGAAUUUGUCAAACAAGUUGACUUGGUGCAAUUGUAUUCGUUAACUGAAGGUAUUGAACCUGUGUUGGCAAAAACUUCUGGAAAAAACAGUCCUGUUAGUAGACCGUCAAAUUGCUUCUUCCAAUUUAAAAAAGUUGUCUCUAAAUAUGCUGCUGAAAAGCUUAUUCCGGGUCACAAUGAUCAAAAUAUACUUUCAAAAGCUCAAUCGAGACUUUGGGCUUCGCUCUCCAAUGAUCAAAAACGCCCUUUUAAGAAACUUGCUGAGGAAGCCGUAAGAGCUCAUAAGGAAAUGUACCCUGAUUAUGAGUUCCAUCCUCAUAGAGACAAAUCUGUCCUAAAAAUUAAAAUUAGUGGUUCAAAUGGUGGACAAUCUAGGAAGAAGAAGAAUCCGUCGGAAAAACCAGAUCAAAAAAAUCAGAAUCUUGUAUUUAAUCAAGAUUCUACCUCAAAUUUAAAUCUCGAAUCGAAUAGGGGGGAUUUCGAUAUCGUGACUAAUCUUGCGGAGGAUGUCAGUAGGCAAAAUGCCUACAAUAAUAAUAGCACAAUUGCGCUUCCUAUCAUCGAUGAAUCUAACUCAUGUAUGGGGAGUCAGAGUCAAGAUCAGAUGAUAGAAUUUCAGGACCAACCAUUUUUGUAUAUUGUUCAUAGUCCUGAUGGUUUAAGCGCACCUCAAUAUAUUACUUCUCCAAUCAGUCCUGCAAUCUCUGAUUGUUCUAGUAAUAUAUUUAAUAUAAUAUCGAGUUCGGAAUUUUCAUCUCCUUAUCCAUCACCAAAUUCCCAAAUUGGAGAAACUUUUGAUUUUCAAUCCGUUCCUUCCAUGACUACCGUGCCUACAAUAGAACAUGAUUUACAAAUGGUACCUAGCAUGGAUCAAGCGACAACUCCAUUAACUUGGCAAGUACCUGUCGCUGAUAAUAAUAAUAUGCUGGAUAGCAAUAAUGGUUUGAUGAUAAAUGUGAAUAAUAUAAUUCAUAGUACAUCUAAUCCUAGUUCACCAGCAUUAUCUUUUUGCGAAAGCAAUUUUAGCAUACAAGCAUCACCAAAUCUAGAGAACAUGGAAAAUUCUUUUAUGAACAAUUAUACAAAUGAUUUCCCAUUUUGUUCAGAACUUAUCUCAGACCCUAAUAUCAUGGACCCUAAUAUCAUGGAUUAUUUUGACCAAAUAAUUUGA